AUUAAUGGCCACGACCGAAAAUUCCGUAAUUUCUUUAAGCGAGCAGUUUCGUAUAGGACAAGAGCUGUAUAGUAAGAUAGAGAAUACAGAGCUUGCCUCAACUGAUCAAAAAUAUCAGGAAGAUGUAAGCAGUGCAAUCGCAUAUUUUUCUGCUUGUGCAAAAUUAGUUGAUGCAUUGGACCUUUUCAGUUCAAACGAAACUGUGGAUGAUAUCAACACUACAGAUUUAAAAUUCAUUUUAGUUUAUGCAUAUCUCGGAGAUUUGAUGACAAAACUUAUCGGCGUAGAUAGAUUAGAAUUGCUAAGCAAAGCUAAGGAUAGGAGAUUCGUCGAAGAACAAUCAAAUGGAAUUGUCAAAGAUGUAGCAAAAAAACGUAUGGAAAAAAUUGAACGCUACAAAAGAGAAAAAGAGACCAAGGCAAAACUGGAGAUGUUGCAAAAACAACUAUUUUCGAUUGGAGAUGAUGACAAAGAAGAUAUUAACCGCGAAUACAUUUUAACAUUUAUCGAUCUCUUUAUCCAAAAAUCCAUUGAACAAUUGUUGUCGAUUAAACAAGAGGCUGAUUUGUUGAAUCAAAUGCGCAAAAUGGAGGAGAUAGGACAGAGCUCUUCCGUAGAGAUGAGAGAUGAUAAUAGGAUAGAGACUGUUUCAAGAGAUCACAAUGGGCCGUUGUUAUCGCAGGACGGACGUCCACUCCGCCCAUUCGUUAUUACAAGUCAACGUGAAGCAAUAAAAGAACGGGUGUUUCGUCCAAGUUGGCGACUUCCCACAAUGACAAUCGAUGAAUAUCUUGAACAAGAGGCACAACGAGGCAACAUAAUUCAAGGAGGAGGUGAAAAGUCAAAGUCAAAGACUGAAGUAGAUGAUGAUGAAAAAGCUAUUGACGAAGAAACUUAUAAAGCCCGAGAAUGGGAUGAAUUUAAAGAUUCCAAUCCGCGCGGUUGGGGAAAUCGUAUGGGCAAAGGCUAA